AUACUAUUUCAGGUUCACUGAAUUACUUUUCUUUUACUAUCUCAUUUAUAAUUAAUUUCACUGUUAUUGCUACAUCGUAAGCUUUUGUCUUCUAUCUUCUACGUCACACCUGCAAUAAGAAUUUUUUUACAUUUCACUUUACUACUGUUGAAUUUUGAUCAAAAUCAUGGCUCCGUCAAUUGUGGACAAAAGAGACGAUGGCCCUUCAACGUCCGAAGAAUUAGACUUAGACAAGGCGGCAGAAGAAGCAAAAUCCUUGAUCGAAAAAAUCAUUAAAGAUGUGGGUAAAAAGUCAGCUACCAGGCAACUGAUUUUCGGUUCAGCGUCCGGAUGGUUGACCGGUUUUGUUAUGAUGAAACUGGGUAAAGCUGCUGCGUUUACAAUGGGUAGUGGUAUAAUAGCUUUGCAGUUAGCGAAUUCAAGUGGUUAUGUGAAAAUUAAUUGGGAAAAAUUGACUAGAGGUGUAGAGAGAGUGGCUGAACAAGUCGAAGAUAGUACAGCGGACAAGAAGAAAGGAUUGUUGAAAAAGAUGGAGCGCUAUGUCGACAAGAAACUUGACAAAGCCGAGGAUUUGUUAAGGAAGAAGGAACGCAAAGCUAAACGUUGGUUUAACCGUAUAUCUGGUGAUGAGGACGAGUUUGUUUUUGAAGAGAUUCACGUAUUCUUAGCUUCUUAUUUAAUUGGCCUUGCUUUAGGAAUUUCUUUCGGCAUAGUUGCACGUUGAAAUGGUCAUUAAAUAAUAAAAUGCACUAAAAUCUGUACUUAUAGGUAUAAAUAUUAUUUUAAUAAAAUUCUUUUAGUUUUGUAUUAAUGUUUGCAUGUAUAUAGUAAAUAAACACCACUUAUGUUCCAUAUUUAUCUGAAUAA